AGCAGUCCAGUCGCAGUGUCUGCACCCUGUUUGAGUCAACUUGACGAGUCGAGAUGGCAAAUGUGUUGAGAAAUUCCGCCAAAUUCGGGUUUUCAGGUGUGUUGUCCCAGUUGUCCAUCCACAGUAGACAUGGGAGAGAGUGUGUGUCGCCGUGCUUCUCUCUGCAGCAGAGAAACAGCUCUACCUCACCUAAGGAGGUGGACCUGGACAACAGUACAGGUGUAGCUGUGUUGAGGAUGCAGAGCCCCCCUGUCAACAGUCUGAGUCUGGACUUCCUCACUGAGUUCUGUAUCAAUCUGGAGAAACUAGAGAUGGAUAAGAGUUGUAGAGGUCUGAUCAUCACCUCGACCCUCUCCAAGGUGUUCUCUGCGGGGCUCGACAUCAUGGAGAUGUAUGGGAAAAGUCCGGAGCGCUGUGGAGAGUUCUGGAAGGCUGUUCAGGAGAUGUGGCUCAAACUCUACGGAUCCAACAUGGCCACCAUAGCUGCCAUCAACGGCUCUAGUCCAGCAGGUGGCUGUCUCAUGUCUAUUGGAUGUGACUAUAGGAUCAUGGCUAAUAAUCCUCGCUACAGCAUCGGACUCAACGAGACUCAGCUCGGCAUCGUAGCUCCCUUCUGGUUUAAAGACACGCUGGUGAACACGGUUGGUAACCGGGCAGCAGAGCUGUCGUUGGAGCUGGGUCUGUUGUACAGCGCUCCUGAUGCCCUGAAGAUCGGCCUGGUGGACCAGUUAGUCCCUGAGGACCAGGUCCUCUCCACUGCACAGGUCACCAUGUCCAAGUGGCUGGCUGUACCAGACCAUGCCAGACAGAUCACCAAGUCCAUGAUGAGGAAACAGACCAUUGACAAGCUGCUGUCCAACAGGGAAGCUGACAUCACCAACUUUGUGAGCUUCAUCACUAAAGAGUCCAUCCAGAGGUCUCUCCGCAUGUACCUGGAGAUGCUCAAGAGUAGAAAGGCCUAGUCUGGGGCCCGAGCGGCUCAUAGUGCACUACCCCUAUAGGCCCUGGUCUAAAGUAGUGCACUGUAUAGGGAAUAGGGUGCCAGUUGACACACUACCCUGUUAUAUAUGUGUAUGUA